AUGCCUCGUCUAUUCCCCAGUCUCGGACGCUCCAAGGAGCACGGGCGCGGCGGUGCCUACGGACAGUACGAAGGGUACGAUGCUCCCCAAGGUUACUAUGACCAAGGGUACGCAGAGCAGGAGCCCCGCCAGAACCGCUCCCCCUGGAGCAAGGUUUUGCACAGAAAAUCUACGAAAAGGAACUAUGGGAUGGAGGAUCCCAACAUCGGCAUGUACCCCUCGCACGGCGGCGGCGGCGGCGGCGGCUACCGCACGACCGUCGAAGACUACCCCGAGGACCCGCACGGGCUGCCCGGGAUGCCCACGGACGACGAGUCGUUCGAGGAGAUCCUCUCCGGACGGCACAGCGACACCACGAUCCCGCUCGUGCAGCGCGAGAGCAGCCUGACGCGCAUCCAGCAGGCGUUCGCGGACCGCGGGCAGUUCGCGCCCGCGAUGUCCGCCGCGCCGUCCAUGUCCAUGUACCCGCCGCCGCCGCACUUGAGUGCGAGCGGCCAGCCGCAUAUGAACGCGGUCCAGAAUAUGCACCAGCCGGCGAUGGUUGUGGAGGGGGGCGUGCCGAUGCGGGGCAUGCACCCCGAUAUUGUGCAUCACUCGGCGUCGUACCCGACGCACGAGCGCCCGCACCAUAGGCACAGGGAGAGGGAGCGGAGCGCGCCUCCCAGGACACACGGCUCGCAGGGCCACAGGGACCACCCAGCGUACUGGGAGGACCCCCUUGAUUCGAGCGAGGAGCCGCCAGUGGUGGUGGUGGUCGAGCACGGGAAGCACGGGAAGAAGGACAAGUACUACAUCAUCCCUGGAGGUGCCCCAGUCAUCUUCGAAGACGAAGAUGGUAACGAACUGACUCGUGUUGGCGACUUCAGCGGACGUUACAGGCCCCCGAGACGUCCGCGCCCGGUGAUUGUGCAAGACCAGUAUGGCCACGAGAUAUGCAGGGCUGGAUUCUCGAACGACGACCAUAUUUCGGUCGGUAGCCGCGACAACCGUUCGCACCAUACGAGUGGAAGCAGCCGGUCUGACCGCCGUGGCCGGCCCAUUGACCGUUCGUACGAGCAGAGGGCACACACGCCCCACCAUAGUUCAUCUCACUCCUCUCGCAUGCAUGCCCCCGGUUCGUACCACGACGACCCACACUACCAACCUUCGAGUCGACCGCGAGCUGGUACGCGGUCGUCGCGAGACGAUCCCGAGGUAAUCUACGUCGACCCUACUUUGAAGGAACGAAGCGCGCGGUCAGGACGGUCAGGCCGCAGCGGGAGCUCCAGCGACACGCUCAUCCGCUCCAGCCCGCGGGACGGGCGCGACCACUACGACCGCCACUCCAGCUCGGGGCGUAGCGGCCACGACAGGCCGCGAGAGUACAUCCCGGAUGAGCGCGAGCGCGGCCGCGACUACCACCGAGGAGAGCACUACUCGAGCCCGCGACGACAGUGA